CCGGAACGGAAAUCCGUCUCCCUCUGUUUCUCUCUGCUCCCUCUUCUUCCACAGCGGGCGACGGGGCUGAGCGCCGGCUGCUGAGGAAGGAGAACGGCAGGGCCGGAGCCGGGCCGCGGCGGCCAGGUCGCCGAGGUUCUGGAAACUUGCGGGCCAGGAACCCGAAUCCGGAUGAUUCCAGGAAUCGCCCCCAAGCCGGCGCCGCCGCCGGUGGCCUCGCCGCCUAAGCCUCAGCACAUGUUUGUGUUCGGCGCGGGCUUCGUCGGCCGCUACGUCUCGGAGCGCCUCCUCGCGCAGGGCUGGCAGGUCUCCGGGACGUGCACAAGUCCCGCCAAGAAGAGGGAGCUCGAGAUGCUGGGCGUGAAGGCUUCCGUCUUCGAUGCCACUGAGAGAAAUUCCAGCCUGCAAAGUAUCCACAGUUUGCAACAAGCAACACACUUGCUCAUCUCCAUCCCGCCCAUUCCUGGAAUCGGUGAUCCUUGCUUUGGACACCUUAGCUAGGAGCAACUCUUUGUCACGAAGACAGAAGUUGAGAGAAUCUAAGCAGUACACUGCCCGAAUCCAUGUGGCUGACAUACACCAGGCUGUCUUGGCCAGCAUGAGCACGAGAUGUGCAAGGUUUCCUUUUCUAAUGCCUUUCUUGCCACUUCAGUUCUUUGUGAUAUCGUGAACAAUAUUUCAGACAGAAUCUUAUGCAUUGCAUGUGGAAUUCACAACCAAAAGAUUUUUUACUUAGGUUGUAUUUCUAUUCUCAAUAGAAGACAUCUUGUGUAUCAAUUUCCGAUAGCAUCAUGAAGUUUCUUAGGAUAAUUAUUAGGGUGGGAGUUUCCCAUUGUUUGUGCGAUGCAAGUUUUGGAUGGUGCCAUGUUUAAUACCCCUGGAUUCAAUAUUUGUAUUCAUUGCAUGUUUUAUGUUGUGUUUGAACAUUAUCGAAUAUAACUUCAUUUGAAUCAA